GAGAGUGAGGAGAGUUGAGCCGACGCUGCAAAGGUGUAACACACAAAGAGAGCUAACAGACUGCGUUUUGUGGAACAAACAGGAAGUGGAGCAGCUCAAAGCUUAGUGGGAUGCUGUGAAGACACCCGCUAAGUGGCCCGAGAAGUCAGUAUUUGCCCUAAAUGUCCUCUGCAGGAUGGAUGACCAGGACAGAGUAAGCCAAGCAUCCAGCGUGGCCACCAUUUCUUACUUCCCCAUCACAAGGGAAAGCGAUGGCAAGUUGCAAACAUUUGGCAAAAGAUGCCAGGCUUCCAAGAGAGACCCCAACUGCCCAGUGGUCAUCAGAGGAUGGCUCAACAAAAAAGACAGCACUGGUUUGAAAUUGUGGAAGAGAAGAUGGUUCGUCCUCUCCAACUACUGUUUGUUCUACUAUAAAGACAGCAGGGAAGAAUCGGUGCUGGGCAGCAUUCCGCUGCCAAGUUACAAAAUCUUAUUCUGCACGCCGCGAGAAUGCAAGAACAGAAAGUUUACAUUCAAGGUGGUGCACCAGGGGAUGCGCUCUUAUUAUUUUAGCGCCGACACUCAGGAGGACAUGCUGGGUUGGGUCCGAGCUCUCAGUCAGUCUGCUUCCAUGGAGACAGACAGUUCUAUGCACAGGCGCUACUCAAGCUACCAAGAUUUCACUCAGAUAGGCGGCAGCAGUGAAUCGGUGGACCUCCCAAAGUCCCCCUCGGACGAGGAGACGUGUCCAAAACCGAGACAGGUCAGCAGAACUCUAAGUGAACCGAGCCAUCUGAGCGGAGGAAGAAUCGUGACGUCAAACGCAGAGCAGAGAGGCAGACGUAGAGCUCAGAGGAACACAAGCCCUUCAGCUCGGACACCGAGUCCUUGGGGUCCAAACUGGGAAGGGGAUUCCCUCCCCUUCAUCACAUCGGCGACGCAUGUGGAAAUCAUCGCAACGGGUGCUCUGGCCUCCAGAAGUCAGCUGGGGUCGCGUCCUCACACACCCGUGGGGAGGGUUGACGUUCGACCCCGGGAUGACUCGGUCUCAAUGCCGGACACGCUCUACUACACGCCCGCCUCGCCCAAGACGGAGUUCAAAUCCGUUCCCACCACUCCAGUCACGGAGAGGUGGCAGAAGCCUUCACCUAUAUAUGGAUCUGUGCAUCAUGCCCCCACUGGACGAAGACCUUUAGCAAAGAGCUUCUCUGCAGGGGUCCACACAGACCUGCUGCCCCCUUUGCCCCCCUCAUCCAGGGGUGCAAACGCGCACCACCCCCCUCACCAGCAACACCAUCACCGCAGCCACUUAUCCUCUCCAAAGGUUGACCCACCGCCAAUCAGACCUCUGGAAAGUGACGCUGAUGCUGUGUUGACAAGGUUAUGUGGGUGCGACAAGCUUCUACAGUCUUUGUCCGUAGAACUUUCACAACUACAAAUGGACAAGGAUAGUGUCCAGUGUGCAUUAGAGGUCUUGAGGCUGCAGCUAGAGGACUGGAGCAACCAGGGCCUCCGGGCACAUGAGGACGCCCUGACCCAGAAGGCUUUGCUCCAGGAGGAACUGGUCACAAUCCGAGCCAGAAUGUGUGACGUGUCAUUGGAAAUGGAGGUUGUGUGGAGUCAGUAUGAGAGAAUGGAAAGUGAACUUUCUGUUUUUCGCUCACACUUGCAGCACAUUUGUAACUUUGGGAUGCCGCAGGAGCAAUCUCAGGCCCAGCGAGAACUAUGGAUGAUGGAGGACAUCCUCGCUGGGUUAAACGUAAACAGGGAUCACUUCCGCUUCCUGCUGGGAUUACAGAAACACCACAUGUUCGAGUCCUCAGGGCCGCAUCCUGGAUCUCCCGGUUCUCCCACAGAGAUGCCUCACAGUCUGCCAAUACAAAAGAUGGAACAAGAGCCACCCGUCCGUCCUCCUUUACCCCAGGAGUUACUGCAAAGCAUUCAAAGCAGGAGCAAGGACCUCGGCUGGACAGAGUCACCACAUGAGGGGAUCUACACCGCUGAAAAUAUCCACCGAAGAGGCAAAAGUCAACCUGACCUCCUUAAUGUGAAAGCACACAAGGAUGCAUCUGCGUCUCAAUCAAGCACUAAGGGGAUCACAGCGGAUACAGCGUCCCAAACAAGCAAGAAGAUGAAGAUGAGUGAGGAGGAGCAGAUGGAGAGGAUGAAGAGGAACCAGGAGAGGAUGACUAAUAGGAAGAAACCUCCCAUCCCCUCUCCAGCUGCCAAGAUACAAACCCAAACUUCAGAAAUGCAAAAGGAGGGCACCUUUCCUUUAAGGGUGACACGGGUGGUUACCGCUGUGCUGCCAUCUUCCCUCGUGGCCCGGCGGGUUUCCGUGGAGGAUCCCCCGCCCGAGCUGGACGCCCCGCUGCCAGAGCAGAUCUCGUCAGAGGCGCAAGGACGAGUGGCGGAGCGGAGCAAAAAAUCCAGGACAGCCAGGCCGACUCAAGCCUCAGCGGAGAAACCUCAGGAGAAUCUUGUUAUGAAGGCAGGCCGACUCGCAUCCAGGAGCUCUGAGCCGGAGUCAGACGUGAGCAAAGCUGUUUCUGCAAAGGCCUCAAGGAAGCACGUUUGUGAGACAUCAGCAGGUCAAGGAGACCGACACAGCUCGGAAAUCAAGGCAGAUGAACGGCCCUCUUCUCCUGACCUUUGCUUGACCCCCGAGCAGCGGGAGGCCAAACUCAGACGUGUGGAACGAAUACGACAGCGAGUCAUACAAAGUGCCAUUACGCCAAUCAAGCAGGAGGGGCAUCUCCGUGACACAUCAGGAAAGCAAAGAGCAACAUCAGACUAUGAAUCUAACUGCCAUAUGAAGACAUUCAGAACUUCCCUGAGUUACGUUCCUCCAGAGGCUCCCAUCCCUGGUGCAAUAUCACAAGUUGAAAAUAAUCAAAAUCAGCAUGUUGACAACGCAAAGACUCCCAUAAAAUUCCUAAGCAGAACACAGCACAAAAGUUACAGUCACAGGGCAGGCGUUGCCACUAAAAUCAAACGGCCGCCUUCGCCACAUCACAUCACGUCUAUGACAGUCUAUCAGAAAGACGCGGGCGAGGGCUUUCUUAGUUGCAAGGAGGAUGACAAGCAAGAGGUUCACGAACCUGAUGGUGAUGAAGUUGAUGACGGGAAUAAUCCAUCUUCCGAUUUGAGAUCAAAGUGGUUCCUCUCCACCAACCACCGUCUUGAAUUCCUACCUUUGCACAUCCCCGACAUUGACAUCAGCACUGAGGAGACGUCACGCAAGGAGGACCGCCAACCCGCCAGCUCUGACGAUGGGAACGACUCCAGUAUGAUGUCAUCGGCAGUCAGUCAGAGCUUAGAGAAAAUGAAAGAAAACCACUCGCUGUUCUAUAAGAUCGCUUGCGACAUCAGCAUCUCAGACACGGACAUAACCAAGAAAGAGAAUUCCCGAGAGGAGCUCGUCAUCACCGAAUGUGUGGUCAGAAGCGCAUCGGAUCAGGAGAGCGAGAACUUCAGCCGCAAGUUGCCAUCCGAUACAGAACUAGUGGAUGCACUCAGGUCGUACAUUGAAGAAACAAAACACGGAGCUCCACCUCAAGACACAGCUUACCAUCAGGCCUUAGACUGUGACAGAGAGGGGAACGGCGGGACCAAAAAGUCUGAGGAAAGGAGUUCGGGCCAAGACAGAUGCAAGGAGAAUAAAGACACAGCAGGGGACCAGGAAAACUUGAAAACUUCAUUUAGUUCCGGCCACCGGGACAAGGGUGUCGGUCGGAGGGACUCUUACCAAAAAGCAAAAGUAACUGUUUUCAGGACCAGUUUGUAAGAGGAAUAACUGCUUUUAUAUCCUUACUUGUUAAAAGUCGGGAAAUGAAAAAUGACAAAAAUAGAAGUAUACUCGGAGUCCAUAUCUGUCCAUCAUUGGACACACAUUAUUAGACUUUCAACUUUUUUAACAAAAGUAGUGCAAAGGUCUUGGGCCACCAUUAGAUUUGUUUUAGCAAUUAUAUAAUGACCAAUAGGGCACGUGGUGCCUGGAGAUACGAGUUUAAAUUGUUUCGUGAACACCCUCGUAACUUAAAGCGCUUAUUUCUCAAAUCAUCUUUCCCCAUUGCAAAGGAUGGAAAUGGCAUUAAUCCGUUCCAGCCCCCCCCCCCCAAAAAAAAAAAAAACAACAACAAAGAAA